AUUAUAUUUGCUAAGUUUCCUAUAUCUAUCGUUUUUAAAUCAUUCCAAUUUUUAUUAAAUACAUCUGUUCGCAGAAACUCUUCGAAGAAAAUUUUUUGAAGUAUAUUUUCUGAAGUCGUUCGGUUUUCAAAGAUGUCGGAAGUUACCACAAGGAUCCCUAAACCCGUCCUGCGAGGAUUGCACAAUGCCUCGAUAAAACGUAAUCUUAUAGUGGCUGGUGUUAUAUGCACCGUUUCGGUUAUCAUAACCAAGGUUUUGUAUGUCGAUCCAAAGAAAGAAGCUUACGCCAAUUUCUAUAAGACCUAUGACGCGAACGCGCACUUUGAGCGUAUGAGAAAAGCUGGACUUUUGGAAUCCGUGCAAGAUUAAUAGAAACAAAAGUAUAUAGUUCAGUGAACAUUGUGCAUAUAUUUAAUGAAUAAAUGAAAUAACCCAGAA